GAUGGCGCCCUCGCGAGGCCCGCAACCGCUCGCCCGGACGCUGCAUGCAACGCUCGCGAACCACCGUGGCCCGGUACACGUCGCGCGCUACGCGAAGGGAACGGCCAAGUACGUGCUCACCGGCGGGCAGGACCGCACGGUGCGCCUGUGGAACCCCGCACUGGGGACGGAGAUCAAGGUGUUUGCGAGCCAUGGGUACGAGGUGUUGUCGAUUACUGUGGCGCAUGAUAAUAGCAAGUUUGCGAGUUCGGGUGGUGAUCGGUCCGUUUUCCUGUGGGAUGUGACUACUGGCGUUACGAUCAAGAGGUUCUCGGGGCAUAUGGGGAGGGUGAACGCGGUUGAAUUCAACCAGGACGCCUCUGUCUUGGCCAGCGGUUCCUACGACGCAACAGUGCGGUUGUGGGACCUCCGCUCUCAGUCGCACUCCCCGAUUCAGAUCCUGGAGGAAGCCAAAGACGCCGUGCAGACCCUCCACGUCGGGCCCACACAGAUCAUAGCCGGCUCUGUCGAUGGCCACGCCCGCACAUACGACCUCCGCAUGGGCCAGCUGCGCGCAGACUACAUCGGGCACCCAGUGACGGCGGUGGUGCCCACGGCGGACCACACGACGUACCUCGCGACGACGCUCGACUCGACCGUGCGCCUGAUGGACAGCAGCACGGGCAAGCUCCUGCAGGCGUUCAAGGGGCACAGUGUGCAGAACUACCGGUGCCGCGCGUGCUUCGGGCACGCGGAGGCGAGCGUGGUGUGCGGCGACGAGGCGGGGGCGGUGUGGGCGUGGGAUUUGCUUGAUGGACAGGCAAUGCAGCCCAGCCCGCCCCCGAGGGUGCAUGAGAAGGUUAUUACUUGGACGGAGCAUCACCCGACGGACCCGGGGGAGAUGAUUACUGCGAGUGCGGAUGGGACGGUGAAGGUGUGGCGACAUCCGCCGAAAUAGACUGUGAUGUUGUAUUAUACGCCAUGCUUCACAUC